AUGAAAUCAAACUUUAUUCCAAAUGGAGUAGCUCAUUCAGUGGUGGAAAAGGAGGAAGCAAACAGCAAUGCUGUACCAGAAAGCCGUGAUUCAAGACUGGAAAGUGCUGAGGCUAUCAACAGUGAAGAACAUGUAAACUGUCAUUCAAGAGUGGAAAGUGAGGAAGCAAACAGCAAUGCUGAACCAGAAAGCUGUGAUUCAAGAGUGGAAAGUGCUGAGGCUUUCAACAGUGAAGAACAUGUUAACUUUCAUUCAAGAGUGGAAAGUGAGGAAGCAAACAGCAAUGCUGAAUCAGAAAACUCUGAUUCAAGAGUGGAAAUCCCUGAGGCUCUCAACAGUAAAGAACAAGAUAAUUUGGUGCAGAAGAUGAUCCCUUCAUCAAGCCCUUUGGAAGGUGGAGAUGAGUUCCUUAUUGCCUUGGGGGGUGUGCUUCCAGAAGACGUCAAUGGUGGAUAUGCUUAUUUUGGAGAACAUCCUGUAGAGUUGACGAAAUUAAACACUGUAAACCUCAUUGGGAUAAUUCCUGCUGCUGAACACCCUGGAAUUGUGAAAGUACGCGUGUACUCACAAUCCAAAACGUUUUUGGGAGAAAUGGAUUUCCAUUAUAUAGAUCUGAUGAACAGGGUUGCCUUUAAGGCUGUACAGCACGGUAUUGAAGGGGUUACCAAGCUGUAUGGUUUGAUGGGAAAACACAGCAUUGAUUGGUGGAAACAGAGUGCAUCUGUCAAGCAGAAUUCAGCAUUAUCGGGGCAAGCAACAGAUGCUCUAAAUGAUGGCUGUGAAGAGAAACCUUCUGCUGAAGACCCUCUGUUCGCUUAUGGGUAUGAAGACCUGAUGCAGUUCUUUGAUAUGAUGAAAUGUUUGUCAGAGGAAAGCUGCAGCCAACAUUUGGCCAAUACAGAAAAGUGGAUACAACUUUCAAGAGUUGUUUGUAAGAUAUAUGGACAAUUGGGACAUGGGCAGAAUCUUCUACAUGGUCAUGUGGCACUCUGUGGAGAAAGUGAAGAAAACUACUUUGCGGAUGCAGAGAAUUCUUCAUGCGAGCCAUCUCACUUUGAUAUUGUCUCAUUGUCUGAUUCAAAGGACUGUGGUGGAUCCAUCAAUGGCGAUGGUGGUACACAUGGUGAUGAACUUGAGUUGUACUCUGACCCAAGAUGCAAUACCAGUUUUGUGGAUUCCACUCCAAUCUCUCACCUUGACGUCACAGGGCAAGGCUCUGAAUGCAAAAGCCUCCUUCUUGUUGAGGAGGUGGAGAAAAAAGAAGUUGGUCAGGACCCAAGACCAACUAACAUAUCGGCGUGUGAAAAAGUAGAGAGUUGGCUACAGUCUGUCUGCUCUGCUAAUGGCUUGCCAUUUCUGUCUCCUGGUGGUCCAGAAUCGUUAGACACUGUUCACAAUGAUACUCUUACAUUGCUUAAUAGUGUGGAGUCUGCAAGAGCCAUGAUAGAAGGAAGAGAGUAAAGGAAAAGAGAUACAGAUUGGUGGAGUAAGACAGGAAAGCACAAGGGGGGAGAAGGAGAGGAGCAGAUUUGGAGACGAGAUUGGGCAAAGCAAGACUACAAAGUAGAGAAAUGGCUAAAGGUUGUCUGCGCUGCCAAUGGCGUGUCUCCUUGUGAAGUGACGUCAUUUGUGUCUCGUAGUGUCCCCUCAAGUUUAGAGGCAGCUCAUGACGAUGAACUGUUAUUGCUUGAGGGUUUGGAGACUGUAAGAGCAAAAUCUUCUUCCAGUGGAGAG